GUGUGGGGGAGAAAUAAAAAAACUUAUUUUUCGAAGUAGACUCUGCGCAUGGAUUUAAUGUAAAUUUGUUGCCGGCCAGGAUGUGCUAGAUAAUAAGUAAGGUGCCUAUCCAAUGCGGUGCAGGGGGCGGGCCAGAUGUCCCAGCCCCUCGAACCUAAAGCUCUGACCAGUCGCCUUUGAUUGUCAGUCGCCAGCAGCCGCCGCUUGGCUCCGUCACUCGGCAGCGCCAUAUAAGGAAAGCAUCUCCAUAGAAACGUGUCAGUUUCAAUAGUCGUGUCAAAGUUCACUAUAUACAGCCAUCCGCGCAGAUUUCCCCUUUCAGAAAAAUUACUCCGCAAGCCCGCUCGUUCAAAUCGGAUUCACUUCCAUCCCCCUUUUGCAUAUUUGAUCAGUUUGAUUCUCUCUCUCUUCCUUUUUUUUGCCUCCUCUCGCAUGAGAGAGGUUCUAUAGCUCUCCCUUUUUCACGACGUCGACUCUUUUUUUGUAGUCUCUUUUGCUGGCGAGUUGUUGACUCUCAUCGUGUGUAUGUGCAGUUCCAGCACUACCAGUACGGCGGAGAAUUUAUGAUCAGUUGAUGGUCGGGCACUUCUACUCCGGAUCGUGCAUCUGCCUUCAGGAGUCGAUCAUUUUUUUUGUUUUCAAUCUUUAACCUUUCGUCCCCCUUCUUCCUUUCUUGAUGGGUUUCCUGAAUGGCUGACUGCGUGUUGCCCUGGUCCUGGCCCCCCGACACUCGCCUCUUCUCUGCCGAUCGGGUUUGAACUGCUGCACUCUCUUUCUCUCUCUCUCUCUCUCUCUCUCUCUCUCUCUCUCUCUCUCUCUCUCUCUCUCUCUCUCUCUCUCUCUCUCUCUCUUUCUCUCUCUCUCUCUCUCUCUCUCUCUCUCUCUCUCUCUCUCUCUCUCUCUCUCUCUCUCUCUCUCUCUCUCUCUCUCUCUCUCUCUCUCUCUCUCUCUCUCUCUCUUUCUUUCUCUCUGUAUUUUUUUGGUCGGCUAAUCGACUCUCCUUCCUUCAUUUUCCUGAUUUGCCGAUUCAAAAGACCUUUUUUUUCGCUGCCUGAUAACACUCUGCCCGAGAUAUGGCAAUGGUAGUUAGUACGUGGCGAGACCCGCAGGACGACGUGGCCGGAGCGCAGGGCACACAGCCACCCCCGCCUCAGCAAGGACCGCAACAGCCUUCUGGAGCACCCCUUACCCCGCAGACCCCGGGCCAGCCGGGAGCCCCGGGCACCCCGGCCCAGUCCAACCAACAGCAAGGCGAGAAGCAGCAGCAGCAUAUCGAGUGUGUGGUGUGCGGGGAUAAAUCGAGCGGCAAACACUACGGCCAGUUCACCUGCGAGGGCUGCAAGAGUUUCUUUAAAAGAAGUGUGCGCAGAAACUUGACGUACACAUGUCGUGCCAACAGGAACUGCCCCAUAGACCAACACCACCGCAAUCAGUGUCAGUACUGUCGCCUGAAAAAAUGCCUCAAAGUCGGCAUGAGACGGGAAGUCUGUUCUUUUCGCACUGCAGCAGUCCAAAGGGGAAGAAUGCCACCUACACAACCGACUCCAGGCCAGUUCGCCUUGACAAACGGAGACCCACUCAACUGCCAUUCCUAUUUAUCGGGAUAUAUCUCCCUGUUACUGCGGGCCGAGCCCUACCCGACCUCCCGCUACGGCAGCCAGUGCAUGCAACCGAACAAUAUCAUGGGCAUUGAAAACAUUUGUGAACUGGCCGCUCGGCUGCUCUUCAGCGCCGUGGAAUGGGCGAGGAAUAUCCCUUUCUUCCCGGAUCUGCAGAUCACAGACCAGGUAGCCCUGCUAAGGCUGACCUGGAGUGAGUUGUUUGUUCUGAACGCUGCCCAGUGCUCCAUGCCUCUUCAUGUGGCUCCUCUCUUGGCCGCCGCCGGGCUCCAUGCGUCUCCUAUGUCUGCAGACAGGGUCGUUGCGUUCAUGGAUCACAUAAGGAUCUUCCAGGAACAGGUCGAAAAACUCAAGGCUUUGCACGUCGAUUCGGCAGAGUACAGCUGCUUAAAGGCCAUUGUCCUCUUUACUUCAGAUGCUUGCGGUUUGUCUGAUGUGGCCCAUAUAGAAAGCUUACAGGAGAAAUCGCAAUGUGCUCUGGAGGAGUAUGUGCGCAGCCAGUACCCGAACCAACCGACCCGUUUUGGGAAGCUUUUACUUCGUCUCCCUUCUCUUCGCACCGUCUCAUCUUCUGUCAUCGAGCAAUUAUUCUUCGUCCGUUUGGUAGGUAAAACCCCCAUAGAAACCCUGAUCCGUGAUAUGUUACUAUCCGGGAGCAGCUUCAACUGGCCUUACAUGUCGAUUCAAUAAAUAGGAGGGGAAAAGGCAAGUGACAUUAUUUUGCAAAUUCCUUCUGUAAGGAAGGAAUUAAAAGGCUGUUACAAGUUUACCUAUGUGACACAAAAAAAAAUUGAAGAGAGGGAAGAAUAAAAAGGACUGUGGAUUUCAAUGACUGUACACGAACUUAAAAAACGCAUUCAAAAACUCUCCUGUGUCGUUCAGAACAACUUGCUACUUAUCAUUUUGUAACAAAAGGAAAUUAGUCUUUUAUUUUGGUUUAUUUUGUAAACUUUUGAGAAAUAUCGAUAUAAAGAUAAGUGCAUUUAAACAAGAAUUUCAAAAUUAGGAGGAAAGAAAAAUAACAUUUUCCAAAUUAUUAUAAAUUGUCCGGUGUCUAUGUAUCUAUAGCUGUUUUGUAUUUUUCCUGGUUUCAAACCAGUCUCCUCUGUGAUUCUCUACUAAUAAUUUUGAUAUAACCAUUGCUUCUUAUCAGAUACGGUGUAUCACGUAAAUAUGUUCUGCAAGAAUUAAAACUGAAUCCGCUAAAAUGUUAGAUGAAAGGGGUUUUUGACAGAAAUGCAACUUAAUGCUGGAAGCGCACUUAUAGUGUUAACUCAAAAGACGUUUAAUUUGGGGGAAAUUGACUGCAGACCAAUAUUAAAUGAUACACACUUGUAAUUUAAAAAUCCAUUGUUGAAAACUCGUUAAUAUUGACAUGUGGGGGUUGGGGCGGGAGUAGAAUGUGGGUAUAUAUCUGAAAGAAAAAUAUUUUAUGUGUCCAAGACACAGUACAAUUUUUUCAUUAAAUUUAUGUGGCUCAAUUUAGUUCCUAUUGCAGUAUAAAAACGUACGAGGCUCCAAAACACGCCCGUUUGUAUAUUUCCCACCCAUUUGUCAGAAUUAUAAAUCCUUCGCCCUUUUAAAGGAAAAAAAUACCACAAUUUCUUUUCUUGGAUUCAGCAUGGAACUCGAUGUCGGCACUUACUAUUUGACAUGUGGUUAAUUAAGUAUCUGGAGUUUACAGUCGUGUAUACAAGCUGAAGGGUUUUUUUUUUAAGUGCAAAAUUUCUGUACUGUAAAAGUUAUGAUUGGAUUGUUUGGUCAGUCUUGUGUGUUAUAUUCAAGAAAAAAAUGAAAGUAUUCGGAGAUUAUAUUAUUUGAUAUAUGGAACUUCUCGCUGUUACAAUUGUAUGUUCACCCAAGGGAAAAAAAAAUCUCAUUACAAUGGUCAAACAUUGCAGUUUACUGGAGUCAUUACAAUUCGUGCAUUAUUUGUCUUACUUACUCGAUAUACCUGUAUAGUUUACUGCCACAGUCUGUAGUAGUGGACAAACCACAUGCUUUUUCAAUGAAAGGAUGUAUCGUGGACUCAUGCUGCUCCUUGCCUUUAAGUUUUAGCAAUGACACCUUAAAGAUACAGUCAAAUGCCCCUAUAUGACAGCCGUACCCCUUCCUUUUAAAAUUCAAAAUGCCAUGGGGAUUUUGACCACCGACUCUUAUUUAGUUCUAACUUAAGUGCCUGUGCAACCAAUGUACAUUAGACAGGUGUUAGGAAGCAUGGAUCAUUAUGUGUUUUAAUGGUCAGGAUUUUGUUUUGAAGCUUAUUGUGUCUAAAGUUCACGCACAGAACACACUUAAACAAGCAAUUGCUACUAGGAACAGUGUUGAUUGUAAAUAAAAUAUAUUAAAUGAGAUUUAUUCAAAAAAGUAUGUCUGGAAAAAUGUGGUUGCCAAUUUUUGUUAUUGGAAGAUCUUCAAACGGAAGAUGAUGUGGCUGACGUUUGAUGUGUAGCACUACAAGUGAGCCUGAUUUUAUGUAUAUAAAUAUAAAUUCAUUUGAAUUUUUAUAUAUGGGAAUAGACUGUGAGAGCAUGGCCACAGGUCGCUAACACAUUUUACAUUUGUUACAUACAUGUAAAUGUUUGAUUGUAUAAAGGAUAUACAUUUGGGCGAAUGUUUGCCUUCAGUGCUCCCAUAUACCCGUGUUUAAAGGCAAAACACACACACACAAAAGCAAAAAUUAAAAAAAAAACAGAGCGAGCUGGUUUGGGUUGGCCAAGCCAUUUGUUCCGAGCUUUUCUGGUAGUGCUGCUACCCACACUGCAGUGUGAAAACUUGCAUUUUGUCCCUUUUUUAAAAAAAAAUUAAAAAACUUUUUUUUUGUGUGUGGCUGUCCAGCCACGUUCUACAUCAUGUUGUGGUUGCACAAAAACAAAGAAUCAUUUUGUAUAGUUGAUGGAACAGUGAUCUUUACCUGUUAUAGAGACAGAUCUGGACCAGAAAUGAUGUAUGAUUGUGAUUAUUAACACGUUUGCAGCUGACCCACGUUUUUUUUUACUUCAGGGUAUUGCUACGCUGUUCUAACUUAUAGAUCGAGCCUUUUCAGAUGUUUUUUAUUGCAAGUAAUAUGUGUGUGGAGUUACUACGCCAGACUCCUGUUUGUGUUAGCUAUUGUAUACAGCGUUUUUGUUGUAAAUUGUUCUUGGUAUUAAAUUAUAAUUUAUGGCUUUGAAUCAAAGUCUCUCCCUG